AUGGCCACCACACUUGAAUGCAUUUUAGGCCGAAGACAUGCGAUGGAUGCUUAUGAGUUGAAUCCUGUAAAUGUUCCAAUCCUAAAAAUCCUUUGCUCAACAACUGGACGAUUAGCAGAAGAAAGUGGACUAAAGGAAAAAAUUAACCUCGGAUUUGAAUUUAAAAAAUACCUCGAUCAAGCUGUUGCUCUUGAUCCCUUUUCAUUCGAGCUUCUGCAUAUGCGAGGAAGGUUUGAGUAUCAAGUUUGUCCUGCUUUAAAUCUUUUCUCAGGGAAAGGAUUCAUUGAGAGACUGCAUGCAGAACAAUUACGCCCCGGAGUAACAGAAAACAGACUUUAUAUUGGUCGAGUUCUUCAUGCAAAAGGUGACUAUAUAACUGCGAAGAAAUGGCUAACCCAAAUUCUGCUAGCUUCAAGGGUGGUAUCCCAGAAGCGUAUUGAGAUGAAAGCUAAUCCCUUUGGGUAUAUUCUUAGCAUACGAGUUGCAAACUUUUGUGAUAACGCUGCUUGUGCUAAAUGCGAAGAAGACGAGUCAGUGGAACGCGAGCACAUCAGUGCUGCUCGCGAGUUAUUGCUGAACAGAGUUUAUCAAAAGUAG